AUGGCGGCCCCUACCGAGCAGAAGCUGCCCACCGAUCCCAAGUACGAUCACUACGACUUCCCGACCAUCGCAGCGGAGCCGCAAGAUGGUCACCCUGGCCACACGACCCCCGAACAGGAUGCGAAGGUACAUCAGCUGCGGACCAUGCUCGAGCAGCAAGGUUUCACAGAGCGCUUGGACACUCUGACCCUGUUGCGAUUCUUGCGCGCCCGCAAGUUUGACGUUGAACUGGCCAAGGCCAUGUUCAUCAACUGUGAGGAGUGGCGCAAGAAGUUUGGCACGGACGACCUGCCUCGCACCUUUGAAUACCCCGAAAAGCCCGAGGUCUUCAAGUUCUACCCCCAGUACUAUCACAAGACCGACAAGGAUGGCCGUCCCGUGUACAUUGAGAAGCUCGGCAAGAUCGACCUGAAUGCGAUGUAUAAGAUCACCACUGCCGAGCGUAUGCUGCAGAACCUGGUCUGCGAGUAUGAGAAGGUGGCCGACCCUCGCCUCCCCGCCUGCUCUCGCAAGGCCGGCAAGCUGCUCGAGACCUGCUGCACCAUCAUGGACCUCAAGGGGGUCGGUGUCACCAGCAUUCCCUCUGUCUACGGCUACGUGCGCCAGGCCUCGGAGUUUUCUCAAAACUACUACCCCGAGCGUCUCGGCAAGUUAUACCUGAUCAAUGCCCCUUGGGGCUUCAGCAGUGCUUUCUCCGCGGUCAAGGGUUUCUUGGACCCCAUCACGGUGAAGAAGAUUCACGUUCUCGGCUCCGGUUACAAGAAGGAGCUUCUGGCUCAGAUUCCCGCCGAGAAUCUCCCCGUCGAGUUCGGCGGUACUUGCCAAUGCUCCGGUGGCUGUGAGUUCUCCGACAUGGGCCCUUGGCAGGAAUCCGAAUGGGCUCGCACACCUGCGUGGGCCCAGCCUGCAACAGAGAAGGCGGGUGCCGAGGCCGUGAUCCAAAAUGAGGACCCCGGUUACGUGAAGAAGGAUGUCGAGGGUCAGGAGGGGGUUCAGACUAGUGCAUAG